GGAACUCUCCCACUGAAACUGUCCAGAGACCCUGGUUUCAUUCUGGUUCUCUCUUUUUUUUUUUAACACUGUUUUCUCUUUCGCAGUGCUAUAUCCAAUAAGCAAAAAAAAAAAAAAAAAAAGAAAGAAAAAGAACCGUAUUACUCAGUCUCUCUCUCACACUUCGCAGCUCACUUUCUCCAUCUAAAAAAAAAUGGCUCAACUCUGUUCCAAGCCAACAACCGCCAUGUUCACAGGAAAAACACACCACUCUUGCUCCUUCCUCUUCGUCGUUCUCCUCUGCAUUCUGGGUUUUUAUGCGCUGCAUUAUCCACAGUCUGCACCAUCAUCUUCCGCCCUCCGAAAUGCUCUCCGUUUCCGCCAAACAUUCCUCUCCGCCGCCACCAACCGUACGAUCGCUUCCUACCUCCGCGCCCUCACUCUGCACCCUCACCUCGCCGGAACAAAACCGUCCCUGGAAACCACAAGCUACGUCGAAACCCACUUCAGGGACUACGGUUUGGAAACGCACAGGGUCGAGUACAAGACCCUUCUGUCUUACCCUGCGCACGCCUCGCUCUCGGCGCAUUUUAGCAACGGGAGUUACGUGGAAUUGCCGUUGAUGGAGCUCGGUCUGCCUGAUCAUCAGGCGAGUCAGGGUUUGGUACAACCCUAUCACGCGUAUUCUCCGUCUGGGUCGGCGCACGCGAAGGCGGUGUUCGUGAACUACGGUAGGGAUGAGGACUAUCUUGCCCUGGCUGCGCUCGGGGUGAACGUUAGCGGUUGCGUAGUGAUAGCGAGAAAAGGUGGUUUGUCUAGGGGUGCGGUUGUGGAGAAGGCCGAAGCAAACGGGGCUCUGGCGGUGCUAUUGUACGCCGAGGGUGAAAGGUUUAGGAAGGGUUUUGAAAGAGGGACUGUGAUGAAGGGUUUGGGGGACCCACUGAGCCCAGGUUGGGCUGGGGUUGACGGUGCCGAGAGCUUGGAGUUGGAGGACAGUGAAGUUUUGAAAAGAUUCCCCAAAAUUCCAUCCAUGCCCUUGUCCUUUGAGGCCGCCGAGAUCAUUUUGGGAUCGCUUGCCGGAGCUCCGGUGCCAAACGAGUGGAGAGACACGGCGCCGCUGCUUCAGUCGAAGGUAGGCGGUGUCGGUCCGGGCCCGACAACUGUGAACUUCACCUACCAGGGGGAAAAUAAGAUGGCAACAAUCCAUAACGUUUUUGGUCUUAUAAGAGGGUUAGAAGAGCCUGACCGCUAUGUGCUGCUUGGCAACCAUAGAGAUGCAUGGACAUAUGGGGCUGUUGACCCCAACAGUGGAACUGCAGCACUACUUGACAUUGCUCGUCGUUUCUCCCUCAUGAUGCGCUCAGGGUGGAACCCUCGAAGGACAAUCAUCCUGUGCAGUUGGGAUGCAGAAGAGUUUGGGAUGAUAGGAUCUACUGAGUGGGUUGAGCAAAACCUUGUAAAUCUGGGAUCCAAAGCUGUUGCCUACCUUAAUGUUGACUGUGCAGUUCAAGGACCAGGAUUCUUUGCUGGCGCAACUCCCCAACUUGACAGUCUCCUUCUUGAAGUCACGAAGAAGGUCAAGGAUCCUGACUCGGAGGCUGUGACAAUAUAUCAGCAGUGGACAGCCACUAAUACUGACAUCAGCAUUCAGAGACUUGGUGGGGUGGAUUCUGAUUUUGCCCCAUUUGUGCAGCAUGCAGGGGUUCCUUCUGUUGAUAUAUACUAUGGAAGAGAUUUCCCUGUCUAUCACACUGCUUUUGACUCCUAUGAAUGGAUGACAAACUAUGGAGAUCCUUUGUUUCAGCGCCAUGUUGCAGUUGCUGGAGUUUGGGGACUUCUAGGCCUUCACUUGGCUGAUGAUUCAAUUCUUCCUUUCAGUUACCUCUCUUAUGCAGAUCAGCUAAAGGAGGGAUAUAGGAAUGUUUGGAGCAACUUGUUGGACACGCCUGUUACACUAAAUCCACUAAUGACAUCAAUUCAAGAAUUUGUCACUGCAGCCAAAGAGGCUGAGAUUGAAGCAAAGAAACUGAGAGAGCAAGAAACAACAAGUGACUUGGUAACAUUGAAGAAGCGGGCAUUAAACGAUCGGCUCAUGCUUGCUGAAAGAGGCUUCCUUGAUGCAGAUGGACUUCAAGGACGACAGUGGUUCAAGCAUCUUAUUUAUGGUCCUAUUGAUUAUGAAAGCAAACUCCAGAUGUUUCCUGGAAUAUCCGAUGCAAUUUCUCGGGCAAGAAAUAUGAGUGAGAGACAAGGGCAGGCCAUAAUUGAGCAUGAGAUAUGGAGGGUUGCCAGAGCCAUACAGAGGGCUGCCAGUGUCCUUAGAGGACAAUUUACCUGAGAAAAUAUUGGAAAAACUUGCAUCAUAUUGGGGGGGUGGUGGAAGAGUUAGGUAACUCUAUGUACGAUUUGUAUAUAUGUGAGAUGAGUAUCUCCAUCAUGUGAAGUAGGUUUUUUUUUUUUUUUUUUUUUUUUUUUUUUUGUUUAAUUGUAAGUAAUUAGUAGUAGUAUUGCUUUUACUUUUUAACUUUGGAUUCCCUCCUCUCGCACUGUUUUUGUAUUAAUUAUGAUCAGCUAAUGAAAAAUAUAUAUAAUUCCUAAAAAUUUAAACA